AUGAGUGAUCCUUAUUGUGUGGUGAAAAUUGACAAUGAACCUAUUGCACGAACAGCUACAGUAUACAAAAGUCUCUGUCCAUUCUGGGGAGAAGAAUACAAGAUGCAUUUACACAGUGACUUUUAUGAUCUUAACCUUUAUGUUUAUGAUGAAGACAGAUUAGGGGAAGAUGAUGUAAUUGGCAAAGUGACACUAUCAAGGGAUGCUAUUGCAAACAAUAAGAAAGCUGUUGAAACAUGGAUGCCACUUACCAAAGUAAACAAAGAUGCAGAAAUUCAAGGUGAAAUUCUUAUUGAGGUUGAAAAGAUCCGUGACCUUGUCAAACAGGAAAAUACUUUGAGAGUAACAGUCAUGGAAGCCAGAGAUUUGGCACCAAAAGACAUGUUCGGAAGUUCAGAUCCUUUUGUGACAGUUGCUUUUCUUGACCAAACAAAAACGACUUCAACUCAGAAAAAGACUCGCUUCCCAAGCUGGUAUGAAACACUUGAGUUUAAUAUGCCAAUGUCUUGUCCACCAAAGACUAUGAUUGAAGUGAAACUCUGGGAUUGGGAUCGUGUGAGCAGCAAUGAUUUUCUGGGAGAAGUGAAUAUUAACUUCCGAAGUUUGCCAGAAGGGUGUAAGGUGAAAAAAUGGUACAGGCUAAUGCCACGCCCUCCACAUAUGGAAAACAGAAGUGCUGGAGUAGACCCUAUGUGUCCAAAGCCUGCACCUAACCGUGGAAGUUUACGAAUGAAAGUUCGUCUGACUCAGGAAAUAGUAUUGCCUACAGUUAGUUACGACCCAAUGCUAGAAAUAUUUAAUGAAGCUGUUCUCCCUAAGGGCUCUGAACCACCUGAUUUGAGUGCUCUCUAUUUACUAGAGGAGGUUAGCUCCCUUGACCUCACAGAACUUGCCAAUUGCUUAGUCAGACUUUAUCUUAAUCAAGGACUGAUCACUGAUUAUCUCAGUUCAAUCACAGCAGAAGAGAUUAAAAAUACUUCUGACCCAAACACAUUAUUUAGAGGAAAUUCUUUGGCAACCAAAUCAAUGGAUCAAUUUAUGAAACUUGUUGGACUCCAUUAUCUACAGGAAACUCUUGGACGAGUCAUUGACCAAGUCUAUGGAGAUCGUAGAAUUGUUGAGCUUGAUCCGACUCGAGUGGACAGUAUGAAGAGGCGACAUUGGUCAAGCAUUAAGGAUUCCAAUGGACAUGUUCUUGAACACAGCAAAACUGCAGUAACCAGCUACAUUACACAUAUCAUGCAUACAAUUCUGAACUCUCAUAGCAAAUGUCCUUCUUUGAUGCGGCUGGUCUUUAAAAAUCUUAAGGAACAAGUGCAAUGUAAAUGGUCUCCAGACAAUGAGGCUAAUUCGGAUUAUGCAUACCAUGCAGUGAGUGGGUUUCUGUUUUUGCGAUUCUUUGUCCCAGCUGUUUUGUCACCAAAGCUCUUCCUGCUUCAGGAACAUCAUCCAGACAGGAAGGUCAGCCGUACUCUUACAUUAUUAGCCAAGGUAACACAAACAAUUGGAAAUCUAUCAGAGCCAGUUGGAAAAGAGCAAUGGAUGCAACCCCUUCAUGGAUUCAUCCAUGAGAAAAUCAAUGAUGUGCGAACUUUCAUAGACACUCUUACUGAUAUUGAUGAAGAUUAUACUUUAGAACAACAGCGUCGUCACCGACAGCCUUUCUACCCUGGGGUUAUACUGAAGGAAGGUUACCUUCACAAAUGCCGAUAUUCAUCCAAAAAACUGCUGAACCGUCUGUCAUUUUCAUUCUCUUUUAAGCCACAAUACUUUUGGCUAACUUACAAAGAGUUAAGGUAUUCUGCUUUACCCGAAAGUAAGGUUCAUUCUGCGAAACCGACUGAUCAGAUUUGUGCUGUAGAACGACUAGACUAUAGUGCCUUUGGAAAGGACAACAUUGGACAAUUGAUCAGCAUCACACCUGAUAAUGAACUGGAAAUCUUAUAUUUCCAAGCAAAGGAUGUAAAUGACCUCUACUCAUGGUUAUCUGCCAUCAGAAAGACAUUUACAGCCAACAAACAUCAACUGAAAACUUAUCAUCCAGGUAUCUACCGCAGAAGUCGAUGGAGCUGUUGCCACAGAAUUGACACAGAUGCUGUUGGAUGUAGCCCAACUCAUAAUAAGGUGACCUUGAAAGAAUGGAUGGAUCCUAUUGACUGUGAUAUGGAGGCACAAACAGUCUGCAGCCAGUUUAAUCUGAGACACAGCUAUCUUGAGCAAAUUGCUAAUGAGCCAGAUGAAGAGCCACCAGCAGAGGUAAAUUCCAACAAAAAGGGACCAAUCAAAAGAAAGCACAACAGACAGGUUGCCAAGAGACUAAUGGAAAUAUCAGCCCAACUGCAGAAAGCGCACAUAAAACUGGAGGAGCCAUCUCGAGAUUCUACGACUUAUCUCUCCUGCAUACCAUUAUCUAUCUAUCUAUCUAUCUAUCUAUAA